AUGCCGCCGCGAGCUUCGCUCACUGGAUCCUUCUCGGUCUCAGACGAGAACAAUGUGGUCGUCUGCCCGCUGCGCAACCAUGACCAUUCGGCCUGCCGGAAGCGCUGCACUGGGGAGAAGCGGUACCGUUCCAUGCAGGAGCACAUUCGCCGCGCCCACCCCGAACACUACAUCUCGAAGCUCCCUGCUACCGAGGAGAGCUUUACGUUGAUGGUCAACACCCCACCACAAGAGCGCCCGCCCCCGCCUUCUCAACCCACAAGCUCAGCAGCAGGCCCACAAGGCUUCAGUGUAGGCGACUUGAGCGUAUUCUACAACGACGACUACAGCGUGAGCGAUCCUCGCACUUCAGACGAAUACUUGCGCAGACCGUCGCUGCUGCCAGCGGCCACAGCUGCAGCCGCCCUUGCUUCGUUGCACAAUCACCGCCCAGAGUUCGACUGGGACUCCGAUCCGGAUGCAAUAUCAGACCCAGACUCGAAAGGCUACAGGCCUCGCGCACGAUUCGCUCCCACCGCUCUCGAGCAACACAUCACAGCAGAGGAACCUUACUACACGUCUACGUCGAUACACCGCGAGCUGUUGCCGUCAUCCAUUGCACGGUCGCCACCUGGUCGGUCCUCUACGUUGCCGCCAGCUCCUCGAUCCAUCAAGCCAAACCGACCUCGCAAGUCGUCAGUCGGACAGAAUGCGCGCAGAGGCAAGCACCAGCGGCAGAGAUCCAAAGAUCACGUCAGGAGGACGAGUUAUGACCGCAAGGCAUAUUCAGCUGAGCCACAAACAGCCGCAGCGAUCCUUGGUAAAAGAUGGGAAGACCUUAUUGACGCUGCAGCAUCAGCUACAGAAGAGGACAGUCGAGAUCUUACUCCAGUGCCUCAAUCCCCAUUCAUGUCACCUCAUAUGAUGGAUAACCGAAAAUCAUUACCGCCAUUCAUCGCCUCGCAACUACAGUCCUAUACAGCAUCGCCGCUGGUCAACUCGUUGACACCACCGCUAGCAGAUAUCAUGGCUAUCCUACGCACUCUCACGACUAAGAUCAAGACGAAGAUGUCUCCCUCAUCGUCACCGGCUACGUCACCAACAUCUCCUCAAGUGUCCUCCUUUGAAAGGGUCAGUGGGCGCAAGGACUACAGCGUACAAGGUCCCGAAUCACAGAGACGCAUGGACUCCUUCGUCGAUGACGACGUCUACGAAGCACCCAAGGAAACCGAGAAGAAGGACAGGAGGGUCAGUCGCUUCCGUGAGGAGCUUUUCGAAUGA